GGUUUUAUAAAAAGUACCCCCUUUUUUUAUAAAACCGGUUUUAUCUGAAGUACCGGUUUUCUUUAAAUCGGUUUUUCGAUAAAUACCGGUUAUUCGACUGCUGUAUCGUACAUUCGAUAUAUCCUGCUUACGCCUGCCUAAAAGUAGCAAAAUAGCUGACGGAAGUUAAGACAUCGAGAGACUACCGUUGUUGCCACUGUACCUUGUUCUUUUUGUUUCAAAUUUUUUUGGAUUUUUGGACUGUCGACUUCGUUUUUCAACAUUGAUGAAGAUAGUGAUAGCCAGCACUCACUAACAUGUCCUACACGACCUUCACCUUCGCCAACACUUUCAAUAGUUUGUCCUCUGAGUCCUCCGAAAUCAAAUUCAUUGUUGUCACCAGUUACUAAAGCUAGUUCCAUUUCUUCAACAACUAUGCAAAAGAAGGCUGCAGGAAAGCAGCAAGGUACACUUGGUCUUUUUAAAGCUUUUUGAAACUAAAUCAGCUUCAAAGCUGUACAAGGCAGUGGUUUAUUUUAUCUGCACAUCAACCAUAAAAUCUUGUGGAAGACGAGUCUUUCAGACAGAUGCUGCGAUCCUUUAGAUCAGGAUAUGAUCAUUGUGGGAGGAAGACUUUAACAGAUAAUCACUUAGUCAAUCUAUAUAAUUCGACAAUAAAGUUUAUCCAGUGUACAGUUCAUGAUGCUGAUUCUGUCCCUUUCACUACUGACGCGUAGACAUCAAGUGCAUGUGAACCAUAUAUGGAUCUAACUGUUCAUUUGAUCAAGAGUGAAAACUGCACAGUUAUACUUUGUGCUUUUUUAGCACACCACGAAAGGAGAUCAUAUAUGCACUUACUCUUAGACGAGAAGCAAAUGCAUUUGUUGAAGACUUAUUCAGCUACACUGGAUCCAUUAGAGGAAUUGUCCUCUGCCAAGUCUAGAGAAGAUUACGUCACAGCAAGUGCCGUACUUCUAGUGGUGUAUUUCAUUGAAAAAAUAAUUAUUGAUGCAGAAUCUCGAAUUAAGGAAGCCGUAACAAGUAGUGAUAACACCACUGCAUCGGCAUCAAACAGUAGGUUUCAUUCUAUAGCAGAAACUGAACAGAUUGUUCAACCGGAUUGAGAAUUUUUGAAAAAUAUAAUGCGAAAACUAUACAAGAGAUAUUGCCCGAAUUUACUUAGCUCCGGUGAACUUGGUCUGAAAGUGAGGCAAAGCAGAAGUGAUGUUCAAACUGGUAGAAAAUGUCAUGAUCUCCUCAUCGAAUUCACUUUUCUGGAUCCAAGAUUUAAAAACGAUUUAAAGAAGAAGUACACCGUCUCUGUGAAAUCUCAGCUAAUUCUCGAUCUCGGCGAUGAAUUACCUGCUUAAAUUGCGACUGAGCAAUCUCCGCCAUCAAAAAAACAAAACGCAGGACUAGCUUCGGCCUUCACUAAAUUGUCCGGUAAUCGAGAGCAAACUGUAACUGAGACACUGGAUCAAAAAUUUCAAAAAUAACUCCUUCGAUAUAAAGCACAUCCACCCGUCUCUAUUGAUGACAAUUUCCUGAUUUGGUAGAAAAAGCGCUAUUCAUACCGAAAUUUGCGAGAAAGUAUUUAGCAAUAACGGCAAUCAGCACUCCAUCUGAACGCGUAUUUAGUGCCGGUGGGAGAGUUAUUAGUGAUCAGAGAACAUGUUUGACAGGAGAACAUGCUGAUGAAUUUAUUUUUUUAUCCAUGAACAAAAAUUUGUUUUAAUGCACAAAUAAUAAAAAAUUAAUUUUUCUAAAAAGUA